GGGGAGCGGAGGCGGGGCUGGCGGCAUGGCGGGGCGGCCGCUGCAGGCCGCGCUGCUGACGGCCGUCGCGGUGCUGGCGGCGGCCGAGCGGGAGCUGCGCUUCAAGGCUCCGCCGCCCGCCGAGACGCCGGUGCGGCUGUUCACCGAGCCCGAGCUGGCCAGAUACGACGGGCAGCAGGAAGGACAGCCCAUUUACCUGGCAGUGAAGGGGGUAGUGUUUGAUGUCACCUCUGGAAAAGAAUUUUAUGGAAAAGGAGCCCCAUACAAUGCUUUGGUUGGGAAAGAUUCAACGAGAGGAGUUGCCAAGAUGUCUCUGGAUCCAGCAGAUCUUACUCAUGACAUUACAGGACUCACAGAAGAGGAACUGAAGUCACUGGAUGAUAUCUUCAAUAAUGUUUACAAAGCCAAAUAUCCAAUUGUUGGCUAUACUUCUCGAAGAAUUCUGAAUGAGGAUGGCAGCCCCAAUCUAGACUUUAAGCCUGAAGAUCAGCCACACUUCAACAUUAGAGAUGAAUUUUGAUAAACGUUUUUGUACCUGGAAAAUGCCUAGGGAGAAGCACGAUAUAUUUCCUGAAAGGCAGAACACUUUAUGUACCAUAUAUGUGUACACAUCUAUAUUUUCUAAACAGAAGACUGAUUGAUGAUAGCUAAUUUUUGUAAUGAAUUCCUGAAAACAUGAAAGAAAGCAGAUCUGUAUUAGUGGCAUAUACACAGGAUAUUUGCUCUGAAUGAUGGGGAUUUUUUGAUGUUUCUGAAAGUUCUUUCUGUCUGUAUUUCCUUGUUUGCAAGUACGUUAUGUAAAACUACAUUUCUUAGCAGAGAACAGAAAGCCUUUAAGGGUUGAAACAUGAAUGGUCUUUUUGUGAAUUCCAAGUUGUUUUUCAUUCUUUGGAGAAGUAAUGCAUUAUCUGGAUGAUCUAACAUCAAUUCUCUGCUUCAUGUGAGUAUUGGCCCCGUGUGUAUAAGGAGGUGUAAUAGAUGCUUGUACUUUAAAAGGCAUCAUGGGUUUAGUAUUUGGUAGGUUUGAGAAUACUGGAUAUAAAAACGCUCACUCUCAAAACACAGUUACAGCAGAAUAUUUGUGUAAAGCCUGUAGGAAAAAUACGUGUUUUCUCUUGAUGAGAACUACUGUGAGACUUUCUUUUUUUCAAUCAGAUAUAUCAUCUACAUUAGAUUAUUAUGAUUUCCUUUUAGCUUCCUCCACUCUUUCUCUCAAAAAAAAGGAAAUCAUCACCUACUGUUUACCAUGUAUUCCUACAGCCCAUGUUUGUUAUAGUAUUUUAGAAUCCUAUGUAUAUUUCUAGCAUCUUCGUGUUGACAAGUUCAAGUCUCAUUUUUAAUUUCUGUUAGUUUUUCUUUGUUUUUACUCUGGCUUUGUCACUGUUGUUGCAGUGAGAUAAGCAUUCGUGUGUUGUUUUUCCUUUUAAUCUAAUAUAAGCCUCCAGCUCCUCAAGGGCAAAAACACAGUAAAGCAAGAGGACAGUACAAGUGUGCACUACAUAAAUUGCUGCUGACCACUGACUUAGAGUAACUUAAGAGGAAUGUGUAUUGUCACGUGGAUUUUUCUGUCUCUGCGACAGGUUGACCUGUCAUGGAAAAACUGAGCAUCUGCUCCCACUUCCUCAAAGACGUUUUGUUCUGUUUCUUUAGCAUUUUGGCUGGUUUUUUUUUUAAGGAAAUGUAUUUAGAUGAUUCCCCACUUCAGGAUGUUGUGCUGCGAGAGAGGGUCUGCUGCCUGUCAGUCAAAAGAAGUAGAAACGCUUUCUGUAUAUUUAUUCCUAUUUUCAUAGUGCUACUGAUUUUACCCAUUUUGUAUGUUAUCACCACACCAGUUAUUAAGCCCUGAGGGUUCCACAGAGCCCCUUCUGUCUGUUGGUGUUCUGGGGUAAAAAAAAAGUUUGCAUUUAUGAAAUAAAUACCACUUCGGAUGA